GUGCGGAGUUUUGUUCAGUGCGGUUCUCGGGAAAAUAGCUAGCAAAUCAGUAAGCAAAUCAGUUGGUAAACAAAUUGAAAUUACUGGAAUUUGUGAAAUAAAGCGGAAAUCCGCUUUCGGUGUUGACCCAUUAGUGGUGCUAAACGGGAGUGCUUUGGCCUACGGGUGUCGCUGUUUACUGUGUUUACUGGAAGCAUCCACACAAAAUUAAAUCAAUGAAAAAUCCAAUAAAAAAUUAAAAGUUAGAUGUGUGAAGCGUAAUGUGAGUACCUACCCCUUCCGUGGGCCGUGGACGCACAGUCUACGAAUGGGAAGACAAUCAUCGAUCGAAAAAGCUGCGACCGGAGCCGGGGGAAAACUGGGAGUCUGGUUGAGCCGAGCCAAGCCAGAGUGAGUCAGUUGGAAAAGCCACAAGAGAAAGCACCUACAUACCCAUACAGUGGAGUGUUCUACAUUUCCUGUUUUUAUCAGCAGACGUGAGCCUAUUGCAAGCAGAGCGGAGCCUUUUAAUAUUUGUUUGUCUGACUUCACUGGACCCAGGAAUGCCCUGUCAUGCUCUAAUGGGGAACCAUUAAAAAUAGUUGAAAACGCUGUCUGUGUGCUGCCGGUUUGUGACCACGUGAAUUGUUAUUGUUCUUUCGGAGCGCUGGCUGUGUGAGUAAAAAGUUUGCGCCCAGGACAACUGCCAGACAAAAGGAAGCAGACGUGGCCGGAAAACAGCUGAAAAUGGUCACCCAUCCAUGUUCCCGUUACGUUCGUUCGAUUAUGUGUUUGGAGUAGUAGCCUCGUGUCUCUGAAGGCACCCUGCCAGUAUCGAUUGAGGCUGGUUCACAUGUGUAGUGGAACAAAGUGAUUUUAAUUUUCUCCUGCUGUGGGUUGCGGUUGAAUUCUCGGUUUACACCUUCCGGUGAUUGCCUGUGUAAAAUGAGUCCGCAAAGAAUCUGUGGAAAAUCAAUUUCCCAAUGAAUAUUGAGUGACGUGUUCUUUGUGCACGUGCAGCGCAAUGCUCAAGUAGUGAAGUGAAUGAUAAUGUUUUUUUGCUCUCCGCAGAAAAAAAAGUUACGAAUGGUGAUGCUGGUGCCGGUACAAGUAGCAGACAACCGUGGAAAGUAUUCAUCGAGCGUUAUAAAACAAGGUGCUCAGUUUCUCUGAGUGAUCGAUAGAAGGAAAGUAGAACUAAAUUGGAAGGCGACCAAACAGAACAGAAAAACUUAGAGUAUCUAGUGAGAGGCUUGCAUGCUGUAACUCAUCCAGGUUGCUCAAAGGUCUGCUAAGACUGUGUGAUCGCAAAUGUAUCCUCAGAAGAAUUCAUCGCAUCAAACCCUGGACUGCUGUGAGACACUCCCCUGAAAAGAAAAUCGAGCAAAAUUAAAACUCAUCGGAACUGCCGCACGCUUACACAAAACAAAAAAGAGAGAAGAAAAAAAUAACAUAAAUCGUGCAUAACUGACACCGGUAGAACUUUCUCGCUUACCCCUUCAACCCUUCAACGGAAAGUUGUCCCGCCUGGAGCCAAGAAGGGAGCAAUGGGACGACACUUCCAGGAAUGCAAAAAUGCCACCACCGACGAUGUGGACCGGGAAAAAGUGCACGACCGAGGCGUCGACUAUCUCUGCUGCCAGCUGACUGUAGAGCGGCAGUAGGUGAAGACAUUCAGCAUCCAGGCGAAAUACAUUUAAAGCCUCCGGAGUAGAAGGAAAAACGCGAAGAAACCUAUCUCCUGCUGGGGUGGGAAAAGCAAACAGCAGCGCUAGAAGAAAGCACAGAAAAAACCGAAACUCGAGCAGAAAUGAUCAAAAGGAAGAAAAUCACUUGAGGAAGAAAAAACUUUGCCUUUGGUUCAGUGUGCGUGUUGUUGUUGUUGAUGUUAUUAAGUAGCAGCCGAGGCGCUUCAGCACGACAGCUGUGUGGCAAGAAAGGCGUAAGCUUGUGUGCUUCUGACAAACAAUAGUUUUUAUUCCAUCCUGCCAUUUGUCUGCCGUCUAUCUGCAGCCGAAGUUUGCACACAUAUUUUCUUGCUGACAUAUGGCAUGGCGUCUUGAAUAAUAGUGUUAGAAGCUCAAAAGUAAACGGAAAACAAUCGCUUUUAAUUCAGUUUCCUUUUUUUGUGCUGAGGUUGAAGAGAAAAUAUUAUGUGAAGUUAUAUCCAGUUUUGCUACGUAAACCGGAAAGUGGCAAGUCGAAUGUGAGAUAAAUAAUAAAGCAUCAUUGCCUCUGAAAAGUGUAAUAAAAAGCUGUAAGUUCUAAACGAAGAACACAGUGCUAACAGCUACGGAAUAUACCAAUACAGUUGGAGCACCGCGGGCUGCAUACAAACGAGUAAAAAGUUAAAAUUCAAAUUGUUCAACUAACAGCGCGCGAACCCAUGAAGCAAACAGAGAGAAAGCAAGUGUGAAAGCAGCAGCAGCACGUGCAGAAUAUCACGAGCUCUUGGUGAACUGUUCGGUGAAUAAUAGAUUGUACCACCAGCCCCGCAGCGGCUAUAGCAAGACAGGCGCUUUGGCCGCGGGAAGCAAGUUGCAGCUGCUCCCUGCUGGCUGGGGAAAGUUUGUGAAGCACGUUCCCGGGCAGAGUGGGGCAACCAACCGACGCAAUCCACCGAGAGGCGGCCAAUCGAGUGAGGCCCGGAAAAACAGCGCCAAACUGUUCCUCUGCGGUUGUUAUAUUUUCGAACGGGGUGCCAAAGAUAGCAGUACGGAAGGACUCAGGAGUGCCCUAGCCCGUCUUCGCAGAUCGGGCCCACUCCCUAACCCUUCCAGUCCUGAACAUACAUCAGAAGUUGUCGAACGCGUGUCGUCUUCCCGAUGUCACCAGCAGCAGCGCGAACGGGAUAGUUCCAGAUCACCUGCACCAACACCAGCACCCCCAUCCACGCCACGGAAAAUCAAAGUGACAACCCACAGUGCAAUGACAGUGUCCGCCACGCAGCCCCAGCAACCCCAGAUGGAUAUCGUGUGCUGCAGUCCGAGUGCGGUCGCACCAGCUUCGACGUCAGCUGGUGGCCAUCCGUCCAGUCCGGUGCACUCAAGCGGAUCAUCGGAAACGGACACUGUCGUCAGCACUCCACCCUCAUCAUCGUCGUCGUCGCACAGCACCAACCCAAGCACAGCCCUGCGAAGAUUUUACUUCCAAAAAGCCCGCGUCAGCAAGUCACCAAAAUCUGCCACCAUCGGUGGUGUGAGUCCGGUAGCAACCGGAACCCCGACUGGAGCGAGUGUCCCUUGUUCUGCAGCAGCUUCGAUCAGUGGUUCCUGUUCGGUUUCGGCUUCGGCGGUCGUCCCGAAAGUGGUUGUUAUGGGUUCCUCCACCACGUCCGAAGCGACGAUCAACACCUCGACCGAUUCUGCUUCUACCCAUGUGACCAAUGUGACCGCAACCACCGACACCGAGACGAACGAUUCGAUUGAUUUGGGUGACACUUCCGGCCAAAGCGAUCCACUGCUCAGCUCACUGGAAGACGAAAGUUCGAGCGUCGUGAUGAACCAAAGUAUCGACGAUGGUGAGGAUGAAAAUAUCACCGUAAUCAACGGACCAGACACGCCUUUGCUGAUUAGCUACCAGGAGCUGGAGGAUCUGUCACCAAAAUCACCGAAAACCUCUCCGAAACUUCGCACUGCCCCCGUUGCUUCGAGCACCCGCUUUCCGUUCGAUCCACCGACCUCUCCGAAGAGCUCAAACAAAUCAAACCACGAUACGUUGUUCAAUUUUGAUGACUCACCCAAUCCGGUUCGUCGCCCAGCGCCGAGGAUCGCACCCGCCCAAGACUACACUCAGGAGUCGACACUUAUCAAAGAAGCCAACAAGGAGAAUCGCCCCAAGAUGAAGGAAAGCAGUCCCUCCGGAACACCGACCAAAAGAGUUCCUCACUACAAAUCACGUAAGGAUCGGUUCGUGCAACAGCAGCAACCCCAACAACAUUCUGGUAAGCCCCUCAACUCGGCACCGGCUGCCAGCGGGGCUAAAAGCAAAAAAAGCGACCCAAAUCUUACGAUGUUUCCAUUCGAUCGGGAAGCCAUCGACUACGAUCGCAUUCAGCGGGAAUGUUUUGCGGUGGAGGGAGAGGAGCCACCGUUUCAGCGCAAACAACAUCAACAACAACCACGGGACGAUUACUGUGAAUCGCCGGAAAUAUUCAGUGAUCACUAUUCGAUCUUCCAGCAAUACGCCUAUCUGACGCAGCAGGAGCGCGACGCCUUGGAACGGAGCUCUUCGAAGCGAAACAAAAAAGAUCGAAUCGAUGCCUUCUCACCUAAAAAGAAACCUUCCUCCGGUCGGCACGCGAUAUCGCCUCAACGUCUGUCCAAGUUCGACCAGAUCGCGACAAAGUUCGACAUGAUGCCGUCAAAAUAUGACAGCUCUACGAAGGGACGAACGAAAAUGAGCGGCGUGAUGGGUACGGGUGGCGGUCUGCCGGAUCUUCGGUUCGAUUACUUCGCCGAGACAUCUUGUUGUUCCUCCAGCGAUGAACUGUCGACGCCGGCUGCCACAUCUUCGGCCGACAGCAGGACGCACGCGCCAUCGACGAGUGCGGCUUCGAAUGCCGCCGGACACCGAUCGGUCGAGAUCGUCGCAGGAGCAGGCGCAGGCGCGUUGGCCUCCGGGACUAUAAAUGUUACCCCCAACCCAAUGGAUGGCGCAGUUUGUACACAACCUCGGGCGACAAUAGUCGUACAGCAACCUUCACUCAGCCUAGACUAUUCGUCGGUGGAGACAAUUCUGCUGAAAAACGAGGGCGACUUCAUCAGCGUCGAGCAGGGCAAAGAGUUGUCCCGAAAGAAGAAACAGCAGCAGCAACAACAGCAACGAGAGGAUAACAUGAGGCAGCUGCUCGACGUCACCAACACGCUAACGACGGAGGAAAUUAAGGACUUCGAAAUGAGAUACGGCAGUCCACAUCACAGCCGGUCUCAGUCGGUAAAAACACCCGGCAGCCGAGCAUCUGGUCGACCGAAUCAGCUUUGCUUGCCACAGCAGCGAUCCAGAGUGGCAUCCAUGCCCAACACCGGUGUUGAAGAGGAAUACUACAGGCUGAGGCAUUUUUCCAUCACCGGUAAAGGCGUCAUCAAUCGGGGCGAUUCCCUGAAGAGUCGUCGGAGCAAAUCCAACAACAGUGUAGCAAGUUCUAACUCCAGUACUGAACAUCUAACAGCAGUAGGAGCAGGAUCCGCUCGGACGUCUGCCACGUGCAGUUUGGCAUCCAGUAGGGAAAGCAGUACAUCCAAUCCUGCCUCCGGCCCGUACAAGGUGCUAAUGCUGGGCGGUGCUGCCGUUGGAAAAAGCUCAUUAGUGUCACAGUUUAUGACAUCGGAGUACCUGCACGCCUACGAUACCAGCAUAGAUGAUGACUCCGGCGAAAAAACUGUGUCUGUGCUGUUGAGCGGAGAGGAGUCAGAGCUGACCUUUAUCGAUCACAGUUAUAUGGACAUGACGCCCGAAAAUUGCAUGUCCUCGUACGAUCCACAUGGCUACUGCGUAAUAUAUUCUUCCGCAGACCGGGGCAGCUUUCAGAUUGCCGAACAGGUCCUCCAGGUACUGUGGACAACAGAAAACAUUGCUCAAAAAGCGGUCAUUCUAGUGGCCAACAAAGCCGAUCUGGCACGUAGUCGAAUGGUUACCUCAGAUGAAGGCAAACAGAUGGCAACACAAUACGACUGCAAAUUCAUAGAAACAUCCGUCGGAAUCAACCACAAUGUAGAUGAGUUAUUGGUAGGACUACUUUCACAGAUUCGGCUCAAGCUGGAGAAUCCCGAAAAAUCAAGGGAUCUCUUCCGUAAGCGAUCGAUUCGCAAGUCCAAACGACGUGCCUGUUCGCCGCUCGGGGGCGCCAUCUGCCUGUCCGGAAUGGGCGGUGGAACCAAUCCGAGCACGCCGGUCUCGUGCGGACCGGUUCCGGGUAGCGGCCUUGGCGAAACUCCACCCGGCAGUGCUCACAGUAGCCCGCGCAAGUACCGAGGCUCUCGAACGUCGGCCAGCCUCAAAGUGAAGGGACUGCUGGGCCGCGUCUGGGCACGCGAUUCCAAAUCCAAGAGCUGUGAAAAUUUGCACGUAUUGUAAGCAAGAACGUUUCAACUGCUUGUUCUGUAACAGUUCGUUCCAUUUUCCUAUUACGUAUAGAAGCAGAUAGCGGAAGGCAACAGGCCCGAAGCAAAUGAUUUUACUUUAUUGAUGCACGUAGAUUUUUCUAGGUUAAGCGACUGCACUUUUAUUUAGAGAAAAUUUAAACGUAACAAAAUCAAAAUUUUGUACGCAGAAAAUCGGUUUCCUUAUUCGGAUACAAAUUAGGCUUAAGUUCGGGGUUAUUUUGUACAGUGAUAACAGAGAAAAAAAGUGAACCAAUUUGCAUAUAAGUAAAAAAGGCGUAUGCGCCCGUAUUAUUCUAUUUCAAACGAUUAUGAUAAGUGAUAAGUGUUUGAAAUGGAUCUAUCUACUCUAUUUUAAAGCGAAAGCUACCGAUUUGGAAAACUUUUUUUUAUAUUCUAAAGCCAGUCAUUUCUAAGUUUCAUGUUCCUUCUAUUUACAAUUGACCUUGAUUUUAUAUUAAAACUUAGCAUUUAUUUAACAUUGAUACUCUUUUCGAAAAAAAAAAAUAAAACUACCUUGUAAAGCAAUUAUUUUUCGUUUGUUUUGUUGAUUACACCUUCCUCUUUCAGUCUUUAGUGCAGUAAAAACAACUUAUUUUUUUCAACAUCACAACAACCGCAAGUCAUCGAAAGAAAACUUUUUCCAACAGUGCCCCGAAGAUAUAACGGAAGCAAGAUUUGUUACACCAACAAAAACAAGUGCCUUUUUUGGUUGACCCCUUUGUAAGUGUUUUUUAUUUUUUGGUUUGUGUUCAGUAAUGUGGUAUCGACCGGUGAAUGAAAGUGCGGCUUCCUCGUGUAUUUUCUGUUUUCAGAGGAGGCGCAUGGCUAUUAACGACCAGUAUGUUAUACACGGACCUAAAGCUUACAGCGCAAAUACGCAGACGUAAAUAGUGCAGAUGAUAGGGGUAUUCACGUAGCGCUCGAGUAUGAUUAUAAAAAAAUAAAAAGAAAUAAAAAUCUGAAAAUACCUACCAAAAAACUUAAAAAGCUUUGAGAACAAAUUCGCUUACAAUCUGAAAAAACUGUACAUAGAUUUCCAAAGACUGUGUUCAGUUAUUAAAUCCAUACAUAAAGCUUUCUUACACCUCAGUCACGCAAUCUGAUCCAAAGUUAUUAGUGAACCAAGUAUACACGACAGCUCUUGGAAGAAUACAUUUUUGUGUAUCUGGCACAAAAUUACGCAUAUUGUUUAAUAAUGAAAGUUUUCGUAUUUUAUUUGAAGUUCGGCACAUUUUUUUCCAAAAAUUUGUGCUAUUAUUCUACACAAAUAGUACUUCUAAACGCAUGCUAAUAAUAUAAACGUUUCUUAAAGAAUUUUUUUUCAAAAAAUGCCGUCAAAAUCACUAAAACUGCAAGAACUCGAGCUACUUACUUACUUACUUAGAUGGCCGUAGGCAGAGCUGCGGAAAGUCAAUAUCAUACUACUGACAUUACGCCAAAAUGAUGCAACACCAGAAUCAGCCAACUACGAUGCAUGGUUCAUUACAAGAGAGUUUGCGAUGAUUCUCUUAGCGUCAACUCUCACUCUCAAUUUUUCUUGCCAUCUUUCUCGAUCAUUCAGGUAUGGCUGUACUGAGAUUGAACUAGCAGAAAUAUCAAGUUCAUUUUGACAGCAUGAUGUUACGAGGAUAGCAAACAUAAAAUCAAUGAUUUUUCUUCAAUUGAUAUGUAUGAUAUUGAUAUAUGGUCGGCGUGCGAUCAGACCGAACUAAGCGCCGUUUUCUCAGAUUGAGUCAUUGACACCCAGUGGAUAUGAGAAGUAAUAAUCUAUCUAUUAUGAAGUAACGAAUCGUUUGAGCAUUUGAUAACGAUAUUACAACAAAAAAUUCUCUGUAACAGCUUGUACACAGCAAUUGCGGCGGUAAAUGUUUUUCAACGCUUGGUUCGGUUUGGCUGCACGCCGACUAGAAGCAUUGUCAAUAAACAACUAUUACUUCGUUUUGUAACUGAGCGUAUUUUAGUUUGGUACAUUUUGAAUCUGUAUUAUCAUUUAUUUUUAUUCUUAGUAGAGAAUAUGCUUCUUCAUAACACCAAUUGUAAUAAAAAGAAUUCUAUUAAUAUUGUUCAAAUGAUCUCAUAUCUGAAAAAUAAUAUUGCAUUUUUAUUUGUUUUUUGACAGUAUGAGUUUAUUAAUUUAAUUCUUGAAUAUUGGGCUUGUUGUAGGUUAAACUAAAGACAGUGUCAGUUCGCGGCAAAAAAAGAAUCGCGGAUGGCAAAACAGGAAACUUUUUAAUAUGUAUGGGUAUGUAUAUUUAUAUACAGAUCCUGUCAAAUUUCGGCACGGUUCAACUUUGAAACUGUUCAAUUUCGGUUCGGAACGGUUUUGCUUCUCCUAGUUUUCAUUCAUAUUUUCUUUUAACGAAGAGGAUGGCCGGAGUUAAUCGACUGGUUUCGGAUAUAUGACCGGAAUAUGUUUCAGUAACAUGGUAACGAUGAUUAAAGCAGUGCUUAGAAGUGCCUAAAAUCCUACCAUGCCUCUCAUUGAAAAAUGUAAAAAUACGGACCUGUUCCGGUUGUGUUCCGAAUACUCGGGGUUGUUGUGCCAGCUCAUCAAGCGACACCUAUAACCACUGGUUUGAAAUUAUAAACCUAGUUCAUUGGUGGCCAUAUCUUGAGUUGGGAUCGUCACGGACCGCAAAGCAGAUCAAAUUUAAAAAAUCCAGAUAGCAACAAACUUCAAGCUGGCACUGACAUAAUCACGCUGCUGAAACGAUUUUUGAUAUUCCGAAAAUCACCUUGAUUUGCGUUGCAGUGAUAUUUCCCAGUGAACUCUGUAUAUUCACGACGAUUGACAAUGAGAACCCGAAAAUGUCAACAAAAGAGACAAGAUAUUGAAUCACUUGUCGGAUCUCGACGCUUACUGUGAUGGUUGCUGGAUAUUCAUGACAGAAAGAAACGAGUGCGAUGAUAUUUUCUCCCUCGUCAUAGUCAGCAUGUUGCUUGGAUUAAUCGCAGCUCUGGCCGUAGGUCCUAAGACAUGGCCUGCAUAACGUGGUUCCGUCAAUUCACUCGAUCCAUGGCUGCCUGCCUCCAGUUCCGCGGGCACCCGGUACUCUGCAGAUCGUGCUCCAUCUGAUCCACCCAUCUCUCUCGUUGCGCCUCUCGCCUUCUCGUUCCCGCCGGCUUUGAAGCGAACACCAAUUUUGCAGGGUAGCUAUCCGGCAUUCUAGCUAAAUGCCCUGCCCAGCGUAUCCUUUCAGCUUUAGCCACCUUCUGAAUACUGGGUUCACCGUAGAGGCGCGCAAGCUCGUGGUUCAUCCUACGCCUCCACACUCCGUUCUCCUCCACACCGCCAAAGACGGUUCUUAGUACCCGACGUUCAAAAACUCCGAGAUCUCGCAAGUCCUCCUCGAGCAUUGUCCACGUCUCAUGCCCGUAGAGAACGACCGGUCAUAUUAGCGUUCUGUACAGGAUACACUUGGUGCGAAGACUCAGAUUUUGCGACCGUAGUUUCUUAUGAAGCCCAUAGUAGGCACGACUUCCACUGAUAAUACGUCUUCUUAUCUACCGUCUGGUAUCGUUGUUCUCAGUUACCAGAGAGCCGAGGUACACAAACUCGUCGACCUCCUCGAACUCAUCCCCGUCGAUCGUUACCGUAUUGCCUAGGCGUGCCCUGUCGUGCUCGGACCCACCUGCAAGCAUAUACUUAGUCUUUGACGUAUUAAUCUUCAGUCCGAUCCUAUCUGCUUCACGUUUCAGUCGGGUAUACUGGUCUGCCACCGUCUCAAAUUUUCUGCCGACAAUAUCCACGUCAUCCGCAAAGCAAAUAAAUUGACCUGAUCUGCUGAAAAUCGUGCCAAGCAUGUCAAACCCCGCUAGUCUCAUAACACCAUCUAGCGCGACGUUAAAUAAUAAGUAGGAGAGACCAUCACCUUGUCGGAGCCCCCUGUGAGACUCGAAAGGGUCCGACGUUCCGACCUGAAAUUCUCACACAACACUUCACAUCCUCAAUCGUAGUCUUUAAAGCUGUUUUCGUCGAGAAUUUUCCAUAGCUCUUGUCGGUUUAUUGUAUCGUAUGCGGCUUUAAAAUCGACGAAAAGAUGGUGUGUAGGGACUCUAAACUCGCGGCACUUUUGGAGGAUCUACCGCAGUGUAAAGAUUUGGUCAGUCGUAGACCGUCCUCCCAUGAAGCCGGCCUGGUAGCUUCCUACAAACCUGCUGCCUAAUGGUGACAGGCGUUGGAAGAUGACCUGGGAAAACACUUUGUAGGCGGCAUUCAGGACUGUGAUCGCUCGAUAGUUCUCGCAGUCUAGUUUGUCGCCCCUCUUGUAUAUGGGGCAGAUAACCUCUUCUUUCCACUCCUCCGGUAGCUGUUCUGUUUCCCAGAUCUCGACGAUCAGCCAGUUUGUCGGGCCCCAUCUUAAUAAGUUCAGCUCUGAUGCCGUCUUUUCCGGCCACUUUGUUGUUCUUGAGCUGCCGGAUCGCAUCCUUAACCCUCUAGUGCCCAAGACCGCCAUUUGGCGGGCUUCAGUCAAGCCUCUAAAAAGCUUCAAUACUUAAAAACUGUUUAUAAUGAUUCAUAAUGAUUUUACCGAAGCCCGUCUAGAAAUUAACAUGGGCACUAGAGGGUUAACUUCGCUUAUUUUUGGGGGUGGCACAUCUUCGUCGUUCGUUGCACCGACCACAUCUUCUCCGCUCCUGUUGUGGUCUCCUGCUUGCACGCCAUUCAGGUGUUCAUCGUAGUGCUGCUUCCCCCUUUCGAUCACCUCAUGAUUAUCCGUCAAAAUGCCUCCAUUCUUAUCCCUACACAUUUCGGCUCGUGGGACAAAGGCUCUCCGGGAUGCGUUGAGUUUUUGGUAGAACUUUCGUGUUUCGUGUGUGCGGUGCACCUGCUCGAGUUCUUCACAUUGCUCCUCUUCCUGGCGACGCUUUUUUUCCUUGAAGAGUUGAACUUGCUGCCUCCGUUUCAGUCUGUAUCGCUCCACAUUCUGACAGGUGGCUCUACGCAGCAUUGUUGCCCGCGCUGCGUUCUUCUCGUCCAAAAUCUGCCGACAUUCUUCGUCAAACCACUCGUUGCGUCGAUUCGGUUGCACGUGUCCCUGGACUCCCUCCGCAGCACUGCUGAUAGCUGUUUUCACGGCAUUCCAGCGAUCCCCUAGAGGGGCUUCUUCAAAAUCUCCCUCUUCUGGCAGUGCAGCUUCGAGCGAUGACGCGUACUGUGUUGCGACGUCGUGUUGCUUCAGUCGCGCGAGAUUAUACCGUGGCGAGCGACGGUACCGUAUUUUAUUCACAACGGAUAGUUUUUCGCGUAUCUUAACCAUCACUAGGUAGUGAUCCGAAUCGAUGUUAGCGCCUCGAUGUGAUCUGACGUCGAUAAUGUCCGAGAAGUGCCGACCAUCUAUCAAAACGUGGUCGAUUUGUGUUUCUGUUCUAUUCGGUGAUCUCCAGGUGAGUCUAUGGUGGAGGCUAUGCUGGAAGGCUAUGCUAUGCUGUCUGAGGCCAUUUUCAUUCAUCAGCUGGUGUGCACUGAAUCGUCCAAUCACCGGUCUAUACUCCUCCUCUUGGCCAACCUGAGCGUUGUAAUCCCCGAUGACGAUCUUGACAUCAUGUUUUGGGCGGCGGUCAUAUUCACUCUCCAACUGCGCGUAGAAUUCGUCCUUGUCUUCAUCGGUGCUUCCGAGGUGUGGGCUAUGCACGUUGAUAAUACUAAUGUUAAAAAAACGGCCUUUGAUCCUCAACCUGCACAUUCUAGGGUUGAUUGGCCACCACCCGAUCACCCGCUUCUGCAUCUCUCCCAUCACUAUAAAAGCUGUUCCCAGCUCAUGUGUGCUUCCACAACUCUGGUAGAUAGUGUGACCAUCCCUGUACGUACGCACCAUCGUCCCCUUCCAGCAUACAUCCUGCAGCGCUGCGAUGUUGAACUUGCGGGUCUUCAAUUCCUUGGAAAUCGCGCGGGUACUUCCUAGGUAGUUGAGAGAUCGGCAGUUCCAUGUUCCGAGAAUCCAAUCGUUAGUCCGUUUUCCUCACCAACCUCACUAUGUCGCAGGAGGGCCAUCGUAGUGCCAUUGUUUAAAAUCCCGGGUACUACCAGGACUUGAGAAGGACACUGCGUUACUUAGAACGCUUCUGUUGGUGUCGAUCCCAGAAACUCCCUCCCGAGGAAGGAAGCCCUGCCCCCUGUCAGCAUGCGACCAGAAGUCCCACCAGGGUUGGUUACCAGAUUUUUCCACUGAUUACUCGCACAUCAAUUGGUACCACAAGAAGGCAGAGGUUCGGUAGCUGGAAGGCUGAGGUUCACUAGUGGUAACUGUUAUGCGCCUUUCGUCCAGUCAUUAACUAACCACCUUUACGAGGCAUCGGGGCGAUUUUCACGCUAGGCCCGUUUCUGUCGCCAAGCGUUUACUACGGUAGUCCAUGGACCGUUACCCGUAGUUUCACUCUUUUCUUCCGUGGACCGAGUUAGUCCAGUUGACGAGCCAGCCUCUGGACUUAGCUCCAUCAUCCGUCUGUUGGUGCUCGCGGGAGCCGUGUCCCUCGGAGCCUGCCUUGUCCUCUCUGCGGAAUAAAAAAAAACCGCAGCAGAGGAAGUGCUUGCGCACGCUUUUCCGCGUCCUCGGCCCUUCUCAAGGCUUCAGUAAACUGCUUGUUUGCAUCGUUGAUGCAGAUACACAGUAACAGAAAAUGUUAUUGGUAUAGUGUGUAUAUGGUAUGUUCCCGUAACAGGAAAAACACAUUUUACACAGAACACAAAUUUUGAGACUGAACUUUUACGAUUUGCAAUCAAUGUCAAAGACCAACUCGUCAAAGACUUACAUUCCGUGAUAAAAUAGAUAUUUCGCUAUUUAACAAUUUUAACUUUGACAGAUAACACAGUGCAACGAAAAUUCACUUUUUUUCUGCUUUGGCUUCUACAUAUGAUUUUUCGAUGCAAAAACAAAUGUCCCAGAGUUUGGACGCCAUUUAGAAUUUUUGAAAAAUCUAACAUUUUCGAUGUUUCUUCGACGCCAUUUUUAAAGCCAAAUAUCGAAACUCUAGAAGUAUUUUCACAUAAUAACAUUUUCUUACUCAUCUUAAAAAAACAAAUCUUAGAUCGGACAAAAACUGACUCCAAAACAGUGAUUCUACGAAAACAGUUUUGGCAUGUCAGUAAUGGAUCCACUAAUAUCUAAAUCUGGAAGUCAAAUCAUGUAUUAUACAAGUCGGACUCGAUUAUCCGAAACAUCAAAAAAAAAAGCAUUCCGGAUAAUCGAGUUUUCCGGAUAAUCGAAUCACAGUAAAAAUAUUCAAAGUUGCGAUUAGCGAUCAAACUCUCACACUCUCGAAAUUACAUUAAACAGAUUUCAAAUAAGUUUAUCCUACGUCGUGUGUAAUGCAUGAACGCCAUUACAUACCAAUGCCACCAACUUGAAGAGAGGAGGUAGAAAAUCACUCUUCAUUCAACUUUUCUUGUAUUACUCUAUACUGUAAAGUUUUAUUAUUCCAGAUUCAGUAUUGUAUUGUUCGCGAGAACUUAUAUCAUGACUUGUUUUCAAUUCUUCUUCGAUCGCCUAGAUGCUUUAUUCUGCUAUCGGAACUUGAUUUUAUGUUGUUGCGACUACUCUCAGUAAAAUCGCUUCAAUAAGCUCAUUUUGAAUACACUCUCUUGGCGAAAAAAGAUCAAUCAAAAAAACAAAUCCUUGAGUACCCAACAUAUCAGCAUUAUUGCUUGACUGUAUUUUUCUCUUUAUUUGAACACUUGGAUGUUUGUUUGAUGAACAACAAAAAAACGUUAAAUACCUAACAAUUGUUUCCAUAAGUUUAGUUCAUCGUCACCAGCAAAGGAGAGAAGAUUUUCAUUCACUGUUAUAUCGGUUUCGAAAAAUUGAACUGUAUGGGCUGUAACAAUAUAACAGCAAAAGAUCGAUCAACAAUUCCACAGUAUUUUCACAUUUUCACUACACUUAGGAAAGUUAAUUUUACGUCUGUUUAUGAGCGCUGUAAGAUCAAUACUCUGUGUAAGAAGAGGCAAUCAUUUGACCCUGGUCAUCUGUAAAUGGUCUCUGAACUUCACUUUUAACAGCUUUUAUUAUCAGAUUCUAUGCUUCAAAGUAACAACUGUUCACAUGUAAUAACAACAAAAACUAAUUUCAGCUGACAGGAUCUGUAAAUCAUAGCCAACCUUGAUCAACCAUGAAUAUGUUUUAAUUUCAUUUUUUUCGAAUUACGGUCUCCAGUGCAUCAAAUAGCUUUUUACAUAAUAAUUAGUUACGUUAAUGUUUCAAUACAUGUUAUUGAUACCAAAAUUGUAAGCGAUACCAAAUAUAUUAUAUACCAAGUAAAUUCGUUCAUUGUUUGGAUUUUGUUCUUAAAACAACUAGAUAGCAAGCAAUUAAACUAAUCAAAAUAUGACCAACAUUUCCAUUCGUUAUUAAAGACGUACAUAACACGUACAUGCUUUAACAUUAUAGGAAACAGGAAACUGAAAACAUAACAAAAUAACAAAAAACAUUUCCUAGUCCAGUCCUGCCUUGAAAUAUUUGAUCCAUUUCAGAGAGUUUGUAGAUUUUUUACACAUACAAGUAGUACAUAUUUGAGGGAAUUUGUAACAAAACUUUUACAGCGAAAAGAGUAACAGAACAAAAAAGCGAUCAAACAAAGCAUGCAAAUCGGGAAAGCAAUCAAAAACUAACAAAAAAAAGUCACGUUAACUUUUCAACAUAAUAGUUUCCUUUUCACCUGUGAGCUGAUCAAAGUUUUCUUUCGCCGAGCGUGAAACUGGGGACGUGCAUUCUUCAAACGAGAAAACUAAAUGUUUACCGUCGACACUUUAUAUUCCUCUCAAUGUACCUAUCCUGUAAAAUAGAAAUCACGCGUUCUAGUGUAUAGUAAAAAAUCAAUUCGCGUGCAUUCAACAAUAUUCCCCUGCCUGCAAUCCCAUCCCCGCCAUUUCAUUGCCCUUUUCGAGCGGAUGUCGAUUAUCACCAGCAACGUGGCAAAAAAGUAUAAAAUACUAUCAACCGUGAGGUAAAAUUUGUUUUUGAUGUUUAAUCGGUAUAUACACUAAAUGCACAUUUCAUGACCGUGUGUAUAGCAAGUAAAUUGAGAGAAGUGAACAAAACGGGUAGCCGGAAAAUUUCCUUCCAACGGAAAAUUGUUUUUUUUUUCCUCUUUCGUUCAGAGAAUUGUACUAAUUGGAUGCCAAAAUUUUUACCAUGCUGCAAAUACCGGUGUUUAUUAAUUAUAAAAUAUUCCUUCUAACCUUGUGCGAAACAAAGCACAAUAAAACUGAACAAACUCCCGGUAGAACCGUUGGAAAGGAGACUGUUUUUUUUUUGCCGAGGAAUGAAUAAAAAUAUUUGUACUGAUUUUAACUACCUUUGUUGGAAGUUUUUCACGAUCACAGCAGGAAAUAUGGCGGAACGGAACGAACAUUAAACGACGAAGUGAUUCAGGCAUUCGCAUUAUUAUAUAUACACAUAUAUAAGAGCACACUUCAUGUAAAAGAUGCGUAUAUAAAUUCAAACACACCGUAUGAAAAAACAACAUUUUGGGUCCAGCUGUAAUCGCACACAUUCGAGUUAAGUAACAGGAUGAAGAAACAGAAGAAAAAAAUUGGCCAACUGAAGGAAAAUCGAAUAUUCAUGAUGAUUUAUUACCAAUGGAAGAAUAAAGCAUACGACUAGCGGAAUAGGUGGCGAGCAGGUGAAUACAGAUUGAAACCGAAAUCGAUGAUUACAAGCAGGUAGAUAAUUACGUUGUGAUUGAGAAUGUACCCAUCACCCAAACACGUUGGUAGGACUGUUAAACUGUACCGGGAAACUAGAGCGCAGUAGAGAUUGUAAAAGUUGAGUAACAAUUGAGCAUUAGAUGAAGAAUACAAAACAAAAAAAUUGUACCAUUUCAUCAAA